CAAUCAGGGUGCUUGCGGCAGACGCUUCCUCUCUCCACUUUCUUGGACCUCCUGAGGGGAGAUGGAAGUGCCAGGCGUAGGUGUUGAGUUGGAGGAGCUUAGUGGAGCUCAGGUUAUAGCAGAGGCUUUGAGAGAACAGGAUGUUCAGUAUAUGUUUGGUGUUGUUGGUAUCCCAGUGAUUGAAAUUGCAAUGGCAGCCCAAGCUGCUGGAAUUAAGUACAUUGGAAUGAGAAAUGAGCAAGCUGCUUGUUAUGCAGCUUCUGUGGUGGGAUAUUUAACAGGAAGGCCAGGAGUUUGUCUUGCAGUCUCUGGGCCAGGCCUUAUUCAUGCUCUGGGAGGAAUGGCAAAUGCAAACAUGAACUGCUGGCCUGUAGUUGUCCUAGCAGGAUCAUCUGAUAAAAAUCAGGAAACAAUGGGUGCUUUUCAGGAGUUUCCACAGGUUGAGGCUUGUCGACUUUACAGCAAAUUCUCAGCUAGACCAAGCAGCUUGGGAGUUGUACCUACCAUUAUUGAAAAGGCAGUUAGAACUAGUAUCUAUGGGCGUCCAGGAGCUUGUUAUGUUGAUGUCCCUGGAGAUAUGGUGACUUCCAAAGUCCACACUUCGUCACUGAGAACUGUUCCAUGUUGUCCCUGUCCUCCAUUGGCUUCAGCAACUCCAGCAGCAGUGAGAGAAGCAGCUUUGAUCAUUAAAAAUGCCAAGAAGCCGCUUGUUGUUGUUGGAAAAGGCGCAGCCUAUUCUCGUGCUGAGGAAUGUAUUAGGAAGCUUGUAGAUGUCUGUGGAUUGCCAUUUCUGCCUACUCCAAUGGGGAAAGGUGUGGUACCUGAUGACCACCUAAACUGUGUCUCUGCAGCCAGAUCCAGAGCCUUGUUGAAUGCAGAUGUGAUUCUACUGCUGGGAGCCAGGUUAAACUGGAUGUUGCAUUUUGGCCAUCCGCCACGGUUUCGAUCGGAUGUGAAAAUCAUACAGGUUGAUAUUUGUGCUGAAGAAUUAGGAAAUAACGUAAGGCCUGUUACUGCCUUACUCGGUGAUGUGAAAAUUGUUGUUCAGCAGUUAUUGGAUUUCUUCAGGAUUGAACCUUGGUUUUACCCAUCCAACUCUGAAUGGUGGUUAUUCCUGAAGGAGAAAAUAAAAGCCAAUGAGGAAUUAUCUAAGGCAAUGGCAGUAAAGAAAUCUCUGCCUAUGAACUACUACACUGUUUUCCACACCAUUCAAACUCUGCUGCCAAAAGAUUGUAUUAUUGUCAGCGAGGGUGCCAACACCAUGGAUAUUGGCCGUACCAUGCUUCCUAACUACUUGCCAAGGCAUAGAUUGGAUGCUGGCACCUUUGGCACCAUGGGAGUAGGACUGGGUUUUGCCAUAGCUGCAGCAUUGAUUGCCAAGGAUCAAACCCCACAUCAGCGGGUUAUCUGUAUUGAAGGAGACAGUGCAUUUGGAUUUUCUGGAAUGGAAGUGGAGACCAUGUGCAGGUAUAAUCUGCCAAUAGUGAUUAUUGUAGUGAACAACAAUGGAAUUUAUCAUGGACUGGAUGAGGGCUCUUGGAAAAAGAUGGCAGAAUUGGGAAAGCCUUCAAUUGUAGUCCCUCCCACUACCCUCCUGCCUAAUGCUCAUUAUGAGCAGGUCAUGUCUGCAUUUGGGGGCAAAGGUUACUUCGUACAGACACCAGAAGAACUAAGCAAGGCGCUUGUUUCAUGCUUGGCUCAGGAGAAAAUGCCAUCUCUCAUUAAUGUGAUGAUUGAUCCAUCAUCUGACAGAAAGACGCAAGAUUUCACCUGGCUGACUCUCUCCAAUAUGUGAAUUGAAUGACUUAUGAAGAGGUGUUGCAUAUAUAUUGCAAGCAAAACCCCAGAUUAAAUCAGGCUAAGCUAACUGAACAGGCUUUUUUGGUGAGAUUCUGUAAAUAUAUAUAGAUUUAUAAAAAAGAAAAUACACCGCAGAUUCUGAAUAUGAAAUCUUAAUGAUAUUGAAUGCUAAUUUUCUUUAAUGUUUUGAGCUUAGAAUUGAUUCUGUGUUAGGUAAUUGGCGUUUCUAAUGAGAUAAAAUUAACUUAUUGGUGCUAUUUUAAAUAUACAUCGAAAGCUAUCAAGUUAACCAAAUCUUGCUGGGGGUCCUGAUAAAUUUAGCAUUCAGUCUCAUUGACAAUACGCAGGUAUCAAUAAUUAGUCUCUCAAAACAAGUGGGUAGAAUUAUUAAGUUGUACUAGUAACUCUAAAUAUCAUUCUCACCAAUAUGAACCACAAGUAAAAUGAGUACUUGCAGUACUUGUACUUGACGGUGCAGUCAGUUUUGUUAUUCUUUUCCUUGUGAAUUUCCAUUACGAAAUGAAAAAUAAAUCCCUACUUAUGUAAUAUGCUGGUCUAAUUUAGUUGAGAAAUUGUAUUUCACUGAGGUAAAUAAAAAUAGUUGUAUGCUUUUUUAUUGUGCAAAAGUUCCUUUGUAAUAUAAUUUUAAGUAUUUAAAGAGCUAAGUUACCUGAUGUAUGUUUGAGAAAUUAAAUACAAUAAUUAUGUAAGUAAUGUACUGUUAUUAACCUCUUUUAAAGAAAAAAGUUUUUAUAGAUGCUUAAUAUUUAUUUCAUUGUCAAAUUUAACCUUGUGUGUUUCACAACUCAUACAAAGGGGCCAACAAUCAAGUUUUGGUUUUCUGUGUGUAGAUAGCAUUGCUGGAUCAAUCAUAAGAAAACUAACAAUAACAAAUGAAAAAUCUAAGUUUAGAGCUGGUCUGUUUCUCUUCCUAUUUAUUAUCCUUAUUUUUUUCAGUCACAUGUUUGAAUUUGUUUUGGAUGUCAAUGACAUUAAUGUAGGUCCAUUGACUAAAUUUAAAAAUAGGAUUCUAGAUAAUUGGAGCGAGUAAAAGGGGCUGUAAUUUACCCAAGGGUGGGGAGGUGAUUCACAUGUCUCCAGAAUAACCUUAACAUCUAUAACCUUAGUGAGGACGGAGCUAAUUAGUUAAAUGUAGAGUUAUAAUGAGGUUGAGCAAGCAGGGUGAAAAGAUACUAAUGAACCAUAUGAGGUUAGAAAAAGAAAUACUUUAAUAUUCCAAGUAUAUAUAAUACUGCACAUCAAGUGAGCAUUGUAGGAGUUUAAGUCUGUUACUUAUUUGCAUUUCAUUUGAUCUUUUGUAACUAACAUUGGUUAAGUAAAGGCAACUGAAAUUGUAACUAGCAAAGUCUGCAGACUCUGGAGCUGAAGUGCUAUUGAUUUUAUUCAUCAUUUGAAGAACAAUAUCUGGUCACUUUGGACCUUGAAAUUUGGUCCAAGAAGCUGUUUGAUUGUGCAGGUGUGUGACAGAUCUGGUGUAUUGUGAUGUGCAAAUGAGGUUGAACUUUGAAGUGCGAUGAGUUGAACAGAGCAAUUUUGAGCAAAAUUUGCACCCAAAGCUUUACAUUACUUUAUGACUUCAUUCCUUUUGCACUACGUCCUUCUGCCUUGCAUCCCACUGACACAGGAAUUGCCCUACUGUCAUGGCCAAGGCAUUUGCUGUCUUGGUCCUCUUAAUGUUUCAUUUUAAUGAAUA